AUGUCCUGGGACCGGUUCGCUGCCUUGUUACGGGACACCGCAGUCGAAGUCUUAGGUAAGUCACAGGCCGGUAGAGAACUUUUCACCUUAGACGCCGCCAAGGACCACUUUCAGCAAACCAUGUCGAACCCGCUACCGGUCGAACAAGAUUUGAUCUCCAAUUUGCCAACUGUCGCCACGGCCGAUUGGCUCGGCCGCCCGCCUAGCCGACAAGAGACGGAGGAAGCCUUGAGUCAGCUCCGAGAAUGCGCCCGCGCCCUCCACCCGCCCGCUGGCUUGACCUUGGGAUACUUUCCAAAGCGGCAACGCCGUCGGGACAUGCAAACCCAGCAAGUCACCUUAAGUGAUCUCCGCCGCAGGACACUUGGGCUCUUCGUCAUGCCCCUGGUGGUCCCAGGGAGCAACGUCUCGCUAAGGCCCAGGAGAGAGCGCGUGCAGCUUACGGGGCAGACAGACGAGAUCAACGGGCGGCCAGAAAGGCAUUAUCUCAAGAGUUGCAGGGACCGCAACAUCCGCCGCAGCGAGCAAACCCACCUCUGGCCGCAGCUGAUCCCAAGUUUUCUUUCAAGGGAUCUCUUAGUUUGCAUUUGUGCCACCGCCUUUGCCGAUUACCGCAUGCCGCCUGCUUUCUUGCAAGAACUCGCUGCCAACACUCAAAACAGCAGCUCCGAACCUCCCGGUCAACGCCGCCGAUUGGAAACUGGAGCAAUGCCUGUGGGAGCACCAGGCUCAGUCCCCGACGGCUUAGUGCAAGACCUCCUGAGAUUGACGUUAUAUCGCAGCCAAGAUGCGCAAGCUUUGCUCCAUAGCAGUGCUUUGCGUUUCCUUCUCACAACGGAUGAAAGUAGGAACACCAUCGCGGCCUCUAUGAAUGCUUAUAAGGCCAAGCAAGAGGAACAGCGCAACGGGGACAUCCCGGCAGCCCGCCUGGCUGCCCGUGCCAAAGGCGAAGCCUUGGCCCCACACCCGUGGGGCCACAAGAAGUUCUUCAACUUUAUCUUGCUCGUGCGCACCUUCCAAGAGAAAAGUGACAACUGGUCACCCGAACAGACCGCUGCUGCUGACUAUCUCCUUGAGUUGUCUCCAGACACAAUCGACCGAGAGAUCGCUUCAUGCUCUUCGAAAUUCAGCUCGCCCCUGCAGGGGAGGACCUGGAAGUUUAGCCUGAUGCUGACCGCAGCCGUGUCCGAUGAGACUCGCAAUGCCAUCCGUACCUUAUUGCAAGCCAAAUCCAACCACUUGAAGUUCGAACCGAGCCGCGAAGGCCAAUCGCAACUGGAACAGAAAUUGUGGAAGCAACUCACGAAGAAGUGA